AUGCUCGAAUUUCGAACCGCGGGCUUCAACCCGUACGCCGUCAAGUACUCGCCCUUUUUCGACAGCAGGCUAUGUGUGAGCGCUGGUGCCAACUUUGGUCUGGUGGGCAACGGCCGCCUCUUCAUCCUCAACCUGACGGACCGAGGCAUCGUCUGCGAGAAGUUCUUUGAGACUCAAGACUGUCUGUUCGACACAGCCUGGUCAGAAGCACACGAGAACCAGCUUCUCACCGCCGGUGGAGAUGGCAGUGUCAAGCUCUUCGACAUCAACCUUAGCGAGUUCCCCAUUGCCAGCUGGUCUGAACACGGUCGCGAGGUCUUCUCGGUCCACUGGAAUCUCGGUCACAAGACGACCUUCUUGAGUAGCAGUUGGGAUGGCACAGUCAAGAUCUGGAAUCCCGAAUCAAAGACAUCUCUUCUUACAUUACCCGUACACUCAUGCGUCUACUCGGCCCAAUUCUCUCCUCACAGUCCCGACAUUGUCACCGCCGUCGCCAGAGACUCGCACCUACGCGUCUGGGAUCUACGAACGCCCGCUAGUGCCUCGAACCACUUGACCCUCGCUAUACCCAUACACGCUCCUCCUAAGAUGACUCCUAUGAACUUCACCCCCGCCAGCGUUGGUCCCACUGAAUGCCUGACACACGACUGGAACAAAUACAGAGAUACAGUCCUCGCUACAGCUGGCGUUGACGGCAUGAUACGUACCUUCGACAUCAGACAACCUAGCGGUCCUGUGGCCGUCUUGCCAGGUCACGAAUACGCCGUUAGAAAGAUCAGUUGGAGCCCACACCUAAGCGACGUACUGCUCAGUGCUAGUUAUGACAUGUCGUGUCGCGUCUGGACUGACGGCAGUGCUAUGGGUGUGGACCAUGCAAAGAUGGGUAUGCCCGCAGGACAGGGAGCCCGCGAGAUGGGCCGUAUGGACCGUCACACCGAGUUUGCCAUGGGCGUUGAUUGGUGUCUCUUUGGCGCAGAGGGAUGGUGCGCCACCUGUGCUUGGGACGAAAAAGUCUUGGUCUGGGAUGUAAGGGACUUUAUGAGGCGGUGA